CACAGCUGUACUCCGUGGCUAAGAGAUAAGCUAACAGGCUAACCUCAGCGGUGAAAAUAUCAGGAUCCGCUGGUUAUACGAAUUACUUCGUCGGACACUGUUAGAAUCAUAAUUAACAAUGGGUAAAGGAGGAGGCACUUUUGAGAGGCUUCUCGAUAAAGCAACCAGUCAGCUGCUUCUGGAGACUGACUGGGAAUCUAUUCUUCAGAUCUGUGAUCUCAUUCGGCAAGGAGACACACAAGCUAAAUAUGCUAUUGCUGCCAUUAAGAAGAAACUGAUUGACAAAAAUCCCCACGUGGCUCUCUAUGGAUUUGAGGUCCUAGAGUCGGUGGUGAAGAACUGUGGGCAGACGGUGCACGAUGAGGUCGCAAGUAAACAAACUAUGGAAGAACUGAAGGAUCUCUUUAAGAAGCAGACAGAACCAAAUGUCAGAAACAAGAUUCUGUACCUGAUCCAAGCCUGGGCCCACGCCUUCCGCAAUGAACCCAAAUACAAGGUGGUUCAAGAUACCUAUCAGAUCUUGAAAGUGGAAGGUCAUGUAUUUCCUGAGUUUAAGGAGAGUGAUGCCAUGUUUGCAGCAGAGAGAGCCCCUGACUGGGUUGAUGCUGAGGAGUGCCACAGGUGCAGAGUUCAAUUUGGCGUUAUGACUAGAAAGCACCAUUGUCGUGCCUGUGGGCAGAUUUUCUGUGGGAAGUGUUCGUCUAAGUACUCCACCAUUCCAAAGUUUGGCAUCGAGAAGGAAGUGCGUGUGUGUGAGCCCUGCUUUGAGCAGCUAAACAACCACCCCUCCCUCUCUCCUCCACUUAGGAAAGCUGAAGGAAAAGCCCCCUCCUCAGGCCCAGCAGACCUGCCCCCUGAGUACUUGACCAGCCCGCUGUCCCAACAGUCUCAGAUUCCCCCAAAGAAAGACGAGACUGCUCUGCAGGAGGAGGAAGAGCUGCAGCUGGCCAUUGCUCUUUCCCAGAGUGAGGCAGAAGAGAAGGAGCGGAUGAGACAGAAGAACUCGUACUCGAUGUAUCCCAAAGCUGAUCCUACCCCAGUGACUUCCUCAGCACCCCCAGUCAGCAACCUUUACACUUCUCCAGUGAACUCCUCUGCUCCGUCUGCUGAAGAAGUAGACCCUGAGUUGGCCCGCUACCUGAAUAGAACUUACUGGGAAAAGAAGCAGGAAGAUGCUCGGAAGAGUCCCACCCCCUCAGCCCCUGCCCCUGUCUCAAUGGCUGAGCCCCUUCCACCAAUCAGCCAGCCUGUUGAAAGUCACCUGCCUGUCCAGCCUGUCAACAUAGUUGAGCAGCCUUACCAGAACGGUGAGUCCGAGGAGAACCAUGAGCAGUUUCUCAAGGCCCUGCAGAACGCUGUUACUACUUUCCUGAACCGCAUGAAGAGCAACCACAUGCGUGGGCGCAGCAUUACCAACGACAGCGCCGUGCUGUCGCUCUUCCAGUCCAUCAACAACAUGCACCCUCAGCUGUUGGACAUCCUAAACCAGCUGGAUGAAAAGCGACUGUACUACGAGGGACUGCAGGACAAGCUGGCACAAGUGCGCGAUGCUCGAGCUGCCCUCAACGCGCUUCGUGACGAACACAGAGAGAAGCUGCGCAGAGCUGCGGAGGAGGCAGAGAGACAAAGGCAGAUCCAGCUUGCACAGAAGUUAGAGAUCAUGAGGCAGAAAAAACAGGAAUACCUGGAGAUGCAGAGACAGCUGGCCAUUCAGCGCCUCCAGGAGCAGGAGAAGGAGAGGCAGAUGCGUUUGGAGCAGCAGAAGCACACAAUCCAAAUGAGAGCUCAGAUGCCUGCUUUCUCUCUGCCCUACGCCCAGAUGCAGUCUCUGCCUCCUAAUGUUGCUGGAGGGGCGGUAUACCAGCCUGGUGGUCCACCCAGCUACCCAGGCACUUUCAGUCCUGCUGGUUCUGUGGAGGGCUCACCUAUGCACAACAUGUAUAUGAAUCAGCCGGGGCAGACUGCGCCAGGCCAGUACCAGGCUAUGCCCCCUUCUGCCACAGAUCCCAAUAUGGUUAAUGCAUACAUGUAUCAGGCUCCAGGCGCCAAUGGACAGCCUCCUCCAGGCCAGGCCCCACCCACAACUAGCCCACAGUACUCCAACUAUCAGCCCACACCCACUCAGGCCUACCAGAAUGUGGUCUCUCAAGCCCAAAGUAUACCCCCCAUGUCGCAGGCAGCCCCCACCAAUGGGAUGGCUUACAUGAGUUACCCACCAUACAACAUGCAGAACAUGAUCUCAGCCUUGCCCGGACAGGACCCCAACAUGCCCCCCCAACAGCCCUACAUGCCGGGACAGCAGCCCAUGUACCAGCAGGUUGCUCCCCCUGGUGGCCCGCCGCCGCAGCAACAGCAGCCCCAUGCACAACAGCAGGUGCCUCAAGCGGUUCCUGGCAGUGCAGAGGCACAGCUCAUCUGCUUCGACUGAAAACUCCCACGCUGUGGAGUUUCACACACUACACCUUCUCUCUUCCUUUUAACACCCCUUUUCUUGACUUGGAGGAUUCCCUUUGGAAAAACAGACUAAAUUCCCACCUUCCACCUUGCUGUGAUGUUGUGGCAAAGUGAAAUAUUGUGAUAAUGUUGCAGAACAAUUGCUCUCCUUGCCUCUUCCCCCACGAGGUGAGAGAAUAUGGGGGUAAAGCUGCUACGGAGAGCUCCAAAACCUUCAUCUUUCAGCUGAUUUGUAUGUAGGAUUUCUUUAUUAAAUAAAUUACUGAAGCGCAAAAGUAGGCAUUCAAGAAAAUACUACUUAGAAGAGAAAAUUAAGACACAACCCUCUUUUGUUUUAUAUUUUUCUAAAAUAAAGCAUUUGCUUGUUGAGUUGAGAUUAUUUUCUGGAAUGGAAGUGAAAUAUUUGACUUGUUUUGUCAGUGAUUGAAGAAACAUCUGUAUGUGGUGUGGAUCUCAUAAGAGAGGGCUGUUUUAGUAGUGAAAGCUGGCCAUCUUCAUCUGGCUCACAGCUCUUACCAGUUGGGGUUUUCCAGUUGUCCUUCUCAUGGACACGAAUUGGGAAUUUAUUUGUUGUGUGCAGUUUCGACUGUGUCUGAAAGUAGUUCCUAAAAUCGGUUAAUGCAUUGAAGGGAUUGUACACUGUAGAAAUGUUGUCUAACCCUUGUUGAAUUGUGGUUACAAAAAAAAAAAAUACUAAGUCAGUCUGGAAUCCCUUGACAUGUUCUGAAGCAAGCAUCGAUUUAACCUAAAACCGACUGCAGCGGGCUAAAUUCAUGUUCAUUCUGGUGUAAUAAUCACAUUUAAAUUGAGCUGUGGAGAAAGUUCAGAUGGACACUCUUUCUCAAGAUUACUUGUUUUUUUGUUUUUUGUUUGUUUGUUUAGAAAUGCUUAUAGAAUGAAAAUGACAUGCUGCAUGUAUGUAUCACACUCUGUAUCUUCAGUUUCUAUGUGUGAACUUCUUUAACUCCAUCAUGCUGAUCUGUCUGACUUUAAAGUAAUUUAAAAUUAUAUUUAAUAAACAUCAGGUUCUUACUGUC